AUGCAGCCCCAUCGCUUGAUGACUGAUAAACAAGAGUGUCCUCAAAAGAUAUUGAUCUCAGCCAGAGUCUUUCUCCCAGAACUUGAUGAGCCCCAGCAAAAUCUCCCCAUCUUGCUCUACUACCAUGGUGGAAGUUUCUGCAUCGAAUCUGCCUUCUCUUUAGAUCACCAUUGCUAUCUUAACAGCUUGGUCUCCCAAGCCAAAAUUGCUGUGUCAGUAGAGUACAGGAUGGCCCUGUUGCCUAAGAGGACAGCUGGGCUGCUCUCCAAUGGGUUGCCUCACAUUUUACUGAUAAUGCCAUCGCUGAUGAGCCGUGGCUGCUAA